CUAUCAAAAUUUACCGCAAUUUUGACAACUGACAAAAGAGAUUGUACCACAAUUUGUAUGCGAAAUUCGGUUAACAUUGUGAGAUCCGAAUACCAUGUCUUUGUCUGUAAUUAUUUACUCUUGAAAAAUUAUGCUAAUACGCCAACAUAAAGCUUUUUAUGUCAGGUUGGCAGUUUUAUUCUUAAUUACAUCUACAGCUCUAUUAUAUUAUGUAGCAAUUAAAAAAGAAACACAAUAUUUAAAACCACGUUCCUUAAAAAGGUAUACAAAACAAAAUAAAGUAAAAAUUUCUGAUAAGCUACAGAAUUCUACAGUGUUAAAUAUGAUAAAGACAUCUCCAUUUCGUAGAAAAAGGCUAGAAAAAUAUGAUGGUAAAAUUUACAGGUUUGGAAGUGGAACAGAAGAGAUAAAAAUUGCUGCAGUUUUAUGUGGUGACCGAUUAAAUCAAACACUUGUUACUCUGAAAUCUGCUCAAGUCUUCUCAAAAGAAAGCCUUCACUUUAUUUUAGUGGUUGAUGACAAUAACCAUGAAGUCCUAAAAAAUAAGAUUUUGGAAUGGCCCACCAGUGUUCUUGAUCGCUUAUCCUUUGAAAUUCACCCAAUCAGUUUCCCGGAGGGUAGUGAAGGUGAGGAGUGGAAGAAGCUUUUUAAACUUUGUGCCUGCCAGAGGCUGUUUUUGCCGUCCGUGUUACAGCACAUUGAUUCACUGAUGUACAUUGAUACAGAUGUUCUUUUCAUGAGACCUGUUGAAGAUCUCUGGCAUUAUUUUUAUAAAAUGAAUAAUAGUCAUAUAGCAGCAUUAUGCCCUGAACACGAAGAUUUUGCUACUGGCUGGUAUAAUCGGUUUGCUAGACAUCCUUACUAUGAACCCCUUGGUGUCAAUUCUGGAGUAAUGCUUAUGAAUUUGACAAGAAUGAGAGCAUUUCAGUGGGAAAAAUAUCUGACUCCAAUCAUGAAAGAAUAUAAAUUGAAUAUUGUCUGGGGUGAUCAAGAUAUAAUAAAUAUAAUUUUUCAUUUUCAUGCAGAAAAACUGUAUAUUCUUCCUUGUGAAUGGAAUUAUCGUCCAGACCAUUGCAUGUAUUCUAGUGUUUGUAAAACAGCUGAAAAAAAUGGCAUAUCCGUCAUUCAUGGUAACAGAGGUGUAUUUCACAACAAUAAACAACCGGCAUUUAAGGCUAUUUAUAAAGCCAUGACUCAGUAUGAUUUAGGUGGAGAUAUACAGGUUAAGCUUAUUGAACAAGUGAAAUCGUCACUUAAAGAAACACUGAAUACCAACUGUGGCAAACAUUUAUUUUCUAUAUUAUCUAAGAUGGAACAGCGGAUAAGAAACAGCUGACUACUGUACUUUGCCGAAUAGUUUAUAUAGAAGUUGUGGAUUGUAUAUAUUUUAAAUAUCAAAUACAUUAAUAAUAUUUUCUAUAAAGUAUAGAAGUCUAUUCACAAAAAAUGUGACUAUUUGUUUGAUUCUCCUGUUUCAUGUCUUCCUACUGGCAGUAAAGUGAAGAUAUGACAGUAUUCCUCUAUAAUUCUGAUUGGUAAAACAAUAAUUUUUGUAAUAUUGUCAUGCUUUGAUGAUUUAAUCUCAUAAACCUCUUCUUUUUCUAUAAAUUUGUGCCCCACCUAGUUGAUAAUCUGUAAAAGAUUGUGUUCAUUGAAGCAAUGAUUUCAUUAAUAUGUUGAAAUCCAUCGUAUUUACAUUCAUUUGCAUUUUCAUUGUUUUCUUGUAUAUAGUUGGGUUCUAUUUUGUUAAAUGUUCAAGAAGAUUUAAUUAAAUAUUUUUUCACACAUUGCCAAAUAUGUAGAGUUAUGUUUUGUACCGUUUAUAAAACUUUUCUAUGAUGCUAAUGUGUUUUGUUUAAUAUUAAAGAAAGUUGCAAUUAAUUUUAUAAUCCAGGAUUUGAAAUAUAAUGAAUUUUCAUAUAUAUUAAUUAUAAAAUACAUAGAAUCUGUAUUGGGAAAUUUAUUUUUAUGACCUAGA